AUGGAGCCGCCGCCGCCACCACCGCCGCCGUCGUCGCCGGGAGUUUCACCGAUCAAAUUGAAAGAAUGCAUGGAAGAGCUGCUGAAGUUCACUCUCCUCUCAUCCAUACAAGGAAAACUCCAAACCGGCCUCUCCGAUGAAUACUGCGACGGCCUUCUCAGACACGAUCCAUCGAACCUCCUCCCAAUUACCAACGAAACUUGUAAAGGAGUUCCAUCGUAUCCAUUAUAUAAGCGCGUAGCGUCAUCUCUUUACGAGUCUAUACAUUCUGGAACGUUGUUUACAGCAUGUAAAGAACUAAUACCAGCGCACGAACACCAAUGCUUAAAUAAAAACGACGAAGAAUGGAACAAGCUGAUCAUGGAAAAGGGUUCUGCUUUACUGAGUGUACUGAAUGAAGUGGACUUUGAACUUCACGUUCAGGAGCCUUUCUUUUCUCAGCUCGAUGACGGACUCAAAACAGUUGAAGGAAGGUGUGCUAUGGGUAACUACAAGAGGUAUAACACAUAA